UUUUUGACAUUGAUAAAGUGGACGUCAAGAAGUAACGACCGACGUCCAGUCCAACGAUUUUUGGAGGGAAAAAUUGGUUUCCACAAUAAUUACAGUGAGAAGAUUAAUUUUAAUACAUUUACAACUGCUAAAAUGUCUCAAUCAACUAUAACAUCGUAUUUUAAUAGUAGAAAAAGACCGGCCACUGAAGAUAUUGUAAGUUCUAAAAACAAAAUUGCCCACAUUGAUCACACGGGAAGUACUAAUAGUGCGCGUAAAGCUUUUUUAUCUAAGAAAAGUGAAUUAAUUUCAAAAGAAAAGACAAAUGACAUUAAGUUGGUACAGCCAGCACAGCCAAGACUUGAAAAAAAACAGGCAACAAGUGGCCCACAAGUACCAGAAGCAUCUGACUCAAGUGGAAAUGCAUUCGCCAAGAAACAGAAUGCUGUCAACGUUAAGAACCAAGGACCCUCAAAAUCAGAAUCUACUAACUCAAUAUCGUCGGCCCGUAAAGAGUUAAGUUUGGGAGAUCUCAGGAAGAGGCUGGCUGGUAGUUCUAGGUUAGCUGAAUUGAAGGCGUCUGCUGAUCGCAUCAGCAAAGGCAUACAGCAACUAAAAGAGACCUCGGCUAAGAAGAACCUAAAAGAAUUCAGAUCAAUUGAUGUGGAAGUCCCAUCAAGUCCCAGCAAACAAUGCUCGGUUCAAAAUGAGUUGCUGUCUCCAAAGAAUGAAGCUACAAAGCCAGUCAGCUCUGAAAGGCCAUUGAUAUCUCCUAGGAAAGUUUUUGUAAGCCCUGUGAAGAGCCCCAGUAAGGUCCCAGCAUACGUCAGACAUGCUUCCCUGGCUGCUUCACCAUCCAGCUUGCCCCUGCCCCAUCAGUACAGAUUCUUGGCAGAACUGUUCCGUGGAAUGGAGACUGUUGUUGCUCUAUUAUACAAUAGACAUGAAAAAAUCACAUUCACUAAACUGAAACCAUCUGUACAAGAAAUGCUGAAAAGGAAUUUCACUGAGAAGCAUUUAGCACAAAUAAAACACCUAGUGCCUGACUUCUACAAUUUUGAAAUCCAGAAAAUGAAAACUUUCAGCACAUCAAACCAUAAGGAAUCUUAUGAACUGAUCAUCUCUCCAAACUUUCCCAAUGAUAUCAAGAUUAUGAAUCCAAGUGUCUUAUUGGAAAGGCGCAGAUAUUUCUAUGAAACAUUGCUUCAGUUGGCCAAAAAACAUCACUCUCAGUAUCUUCAGACCUUGGAUCCUCCUAUGGUGAUUCCUGAUGAUAAACUGACUCGUUGGCACCCAGAAUUUGAGCUAGAGAAAGUACCAGAAGUUGAUAGUGCCAAAUUGCCAGAAGCACCUAAUGCUGAGAAAUUCUCUACUGCCCAAGAUGUGUUGACUAAAGCUCGUGAGUUGUUCAAGUGCAAUACCAAAAUGGAAAGAGCUCUAGAGAAGUUAGCUCAGGCUAAGGCACGUGGAUUGACCAAUGAAGAAAAGGCUGCCACUGGUAUCACUGACAGUGAUGUUGGUACUGCUACUAGCACUCAAACACAAAGUAUGCCAAGUACCAGCAAUGUUACCCUCUUGAAUCCAGCUCUGAGGAAUUUGCCCGCUUCAUUACUCGAAAAGGUUAAAGCAAAACAGGCUGCUAAGGCUUUAGAAGCUAUGACAAGAUCCUCAGAAGAUGAAAAGAAGUACUUAGUGUAUUGUAGACUGCCAGAUUUAGCAAGGACCCUCAGAAACAUAUUUGUAACUGAAAGAAAAAAUGUUCUGGCAUUGAAUAUUAUACUUUCAAAGUUAGACAGCAGUUUCAAAGCAAAUGUGUCUGCAAGUGACCUGCAAAGAGACAUUAAAGUUCUAGCUGAGGCUGUCCCUGAAUUGAUUAAAUUGCAUGAUGUGAGGAACACAGCUUAUCUAAAACUAGACAAAAAUGUGGAUUUGAAAAACAUCAUAUCCAAACUGGAAGCUCUAGCAGAAAAAUAUAAGGGAGAAUAGUUUUAAGUUAGAUUUAGAGUUGACAUAGAUACAAAUGAAGACUGAGAAAAUACAUUAGUUUGACAUAGUAUUGCUGAAUACUCCCAAAGAUUACAUGGAUUUGUAAUGUUGUAUUUGUAACAUUAUAAUUCUGUAAAUUUUCAACAUACACAGUAUUGACAUGCUGAGUUUUAAUUUUCUCAAUUUAGUUUUAUGACAUAAUUUAAAAUUAGUAUAAGACAUUUCAUUUUGUAUUAAAAGUUGUAAAGUUCAAAGAUGAUAUCAGAUUCAGCAUUUUUUCAGAAUAAUUAUUAAUGUAAUUUUUUGAUCAUCUGUUAUCAUGUACAACUUAUUCUUCAUUUUUUUUUAAUGUAUUCUCAAAAAUGAAGUGUUUUCAUUCUCAAGUUGUAUGUGACUUACAAAUUGGAGUGUUUUUGACAUUUUAAUUAGUUGCAAACUUGCUGAUUUUAUAAUAUUUCUUUCUUUCUUACUGUGUGGUAUUUUUUUCUAUAAUUAAACAUUUUAAGACCAUUUACGUUUAUGAUUCACGAAAUAUAUUA